GCGGGGCUGAGAGUCACAAAGGAAACUCAAACACAUAAAAAUACCUUUCCAUUUGAGACAUUGUAUCAGGGAAGGCAGGACUCACGAGAUUCAAGAUAGCUUAGCCAAAUUUACUUUGGAGCAUUUAAAGAUCCAAUACAUACCAAACCACACACACCAAACAGUGAUACAACAAAGAGGGAUACACUAGCCUUAAAAUAAAUAGAGAACAGACAGCAGAGAUAUUCUAAUGUAAACAUUUCAGGGGUUGAAAAAAUCUUAAAUUAUACGUUUUGGGUGGGCUAAUUUUACUAAGUGCAUUUGAAGUGUGAUCUAUUACAUAACAGCUCAAAACUCUGUUUGAAGUUCUACAUUCAUUAGGCAUGUCAGCUGAUGAUGACAUACAGUUAAGGGUUUGUAGGCAAACUAUUGCUACUGUUCACUUACUUAAGCCAACAAAAGUUGGGCCACAUAAGAAACGUAUUCAUACCAACAAAAACUAAAGAAUGCAUUCAUGCCCACAAAACAUACUUGAGUACAUACUGUAUGUACAUGUUUUUUUUUUCCCCCAGACACUCAAUCAAACAGAGUCAGGGUCAAAGUGUCACACAUGUGUCACAGUGUCACAUUACUACACACAGUGUCACACACUCAUACAUGGUGCCUAUGGAGGACACUAUGGGUCAGUGAGGGGUCAGAGGCAGCGGAAGAAGAAAAUCUCCGACAAGACCCCAGAAAGCAGGAAAAAGCUCAAAACAGAGAACAUGGUUGACCAACCAUUUCCUGAAGGAUGGUGCGAUGUACUAAAGCAGGAUAUUAUGACAGACUAGCUCUGUGUUACAUGUGCUAAAGAAGUUCCCAAAUUGCAUGACAAAAUGACAUUAGAUCAAUAUACUGCCAAGACGUUACGUAGGCCCCAUAACUCUUUAAAAGAGAAAAGGAAGCAUUCCAAGGAAAAGUAGAACAGAUCAAUCUUCAAAGAACACAGAACAGGCCCUUGAACUCAUACUUGAAGAAUGGCAGAUCAUAUGAAGCUUCUAACCACAAUUUUUAUUUUCACAAUAACAGAGUGUGCCUUCUCUCUGCCUAUUAGUGAUCCUGAUCCACGAGGCCCGUUCUUUCCAUCUAUCAGCGGGCCCAGUGAGGUGAUGGCCGGAGUGCCGACAGACUUCACCUGCUCAGCAGAAUGCACCCCAGAGUGUGUCUACAACUGGAAGGUGACUGGGAAGGAAGUGGAGGGUAACGUCAUGACCCUGACGGUCAGCGGCCGGACUGAGAGCCUGGAGCUGGAGUGCACCGCCGUCAACCCCGCCAGCAACAAAUCAUGGAGCGCCAGCAAGACCGUCAAAAUAAACAACCCGGUGAGUGUGCAGCCCACCACCAGCUCUGAUCCCCAGGAGGGCCAGUCCUUCACGAUGACCUGUCAGGGCUCGGGCCCCACCAUCGCCACCGCCUGGUUCAAAGACGGAAAGCCCCUCGACACCGAUGCCAGGAUGCGUCUCAGCGAGCACAAUGCCACGCUAGCCUUCAGGUCUCUGCUGCCCUCCGAUGGUGGCUAUUAUGAGUGCGAGGUGGCCAACAGCACCAUCACCGUGACCAGCCGAGGGUACCUGCUGAGCUUCGGGACAAUAGCUGUUAGCAUCCUUGGCCCGGACACGGUGGAGGCUGGGGUGGAGCACAACUUCACCUGUCAGGCCAACUGCACGCUGCCUUGUUCCAUCACCUGGAGGUUGCCCGACGGCUACAUCAUUGGCUCCUUCAUAGCCAAUGGAGUUGAAGUCCGAUGGACCCCAGAUACACCCGGGAUAAUCCAGUCCUUCCAGUGCAUCGCACAGAACUCACUAGCCCAGCGAAUGGCCCAAGCCACUAAGAGAGUGACAGUUUCUGAACGCCCUACCACCCCUACCACCCCGGCCCCCCCUCCUCCCCCCAGUGGCUCUGUGACAGUGAGACCAGCGUUCGCUCUGAUCUCCAUGGUCAGCCUGCAACUGCUGUUUCCCUUGUCUGUCUAGUGGGGUCGCUCCUGUGCCACUAUGUGACAUAUUGCAUGGAGCCUUGUUUUCAAUCAUACACCCGGCCAAGCUGCACUGUUAACAAAUGAAGAAUGCAAUGUUAAUGACUGAGAUAGAUUGAAAGACCUUUUUUGGUGGAAUUUUGUAUGUCUUUGGUUGCAUGUCUUUGUCCACAGUCUUUGCUGAUGUAAAAGAAAUUGACUGCAAUACAUCAAAUGUAUCUUUGUAUCUUUUGUGUUCUCAGACUUUUUGUUAGUCAAACAUAACAGAAUACAUUUAGCAUAAUAUACAUUUGCCACAGAUGAAUGAAAGAUUUUACAUAUACAGUAUAUGGGUAUGACGUUGAUCUUGUUGCCAUUCUUUCUUUUUUUGUGUGCUCACAACUGAUUCAAUUCAGACAACUCAAAAGCCCCUUCCUUUCUCGAGAUUAAGAAUGGGUAUGCAUUGCUAUGGAGACAUAACGAUUUGACCACCGGGUGUUUGCAUUCUUCUGAAUCAUGUUAUUGACUCUCCUGACAUAGAGUGCAUUUUUAGCAUGAGCAGUCAGACAUGGCACAGGGCAACCCAGGAAGGACUGCUCUGUGACUAUACUGUCCCCUGCGGGAUCUACCGAUUAUAUUGAGACACACUGAAAUAAAUGUCUUGUUCAAUAUUGCUAUUCUGCAGAAUGAAUUCUGGAUUGUUUUCGUUGUCUCAACCCAGUGUCUCAAAAAUAAAUCACGCUUGUCAAUUUGUCUUCAUCUCA